GUUAUUCCCACCAGCAGCCCCUGUGAGCUGCUCCAGGGAGACCGGCCCCAUUCUUGGGCACAGAAUUGAGUUCCAGAGUGGUAAAACUUUUAUUUCCAGCUCCGGUUGCAAAGUGGCAGCUAAGCAAUGAAAGUCUCUGUUCUCGGCCAGCAAUUUUCUGUUUCAGCUCAAAUUUCUACUCUGUAGGUGGACUUUUGGCUCAGUGACCACCAUUCUCAUUGUGUCUGAACCCAUCUGUGGGGGAGAGUUUGACUCUGCUUGAACCGCAGCUGGUCUCCUGCAGGUGGGACAACCAGCCAAGGUGAGCUGCUUCGCAGUCCAGCCAACAUCCUCCUUUAAGGAGACAACUGCAAGGAGAGAUUGACCUUGGAAAGGAGAAGGAAGAGCAUGACCAGGAAUGCAAGAUUCAACCCAGGAAUAUUCAUUUAGGAGAUCUCAGAAACGGCAAAGAGUUUCUCCUCUCUGAGGGGACAACAGUUUUAACUGUGAACAACCCAGACCUUUCUAUCCUUCCUCUCUGUCGUGCUCCAAAGAUGGACUUGGAUUAGGCAAAUUGGUCAAAUUGGCCAUUCAGAGCGGCAGUCCAAAUGAAAGCUGACUGUGGGGAAACAUACGGAGAUACAUUUCCUGACAGGCAAGGGAGAUGUUUGACAGCAGGGCCGAAGGACUGCCACUUCCUUUUCUGGAACCGGUAUGGUGGCUUCUUCUCCAAGUAACCCGUUGGUCCUCUUUAUGGAAUAUGCUUCUGAUGCCAAGCUUGGAAGUGGUGUUGUCAGGGUCUGCAGGCUGAAUGCCCCAGAAAUGCAAGGAGAGAAUUAAGCUCUGCUCCUCCAGCUCUGUGCCCCCAAUUGAAUUCAUCUCAUCCUGCAGGUGUCUAUGUUCUUCCUGAUGGAUGCCCACAACCAAACACAGGAGACAGAAUUUAUCUUCCUGGCCUUCUCCAUAUUCCAGAGACACUACGUCCAUUUUUUCUUGGUGUUCCUGGCUGCCUAUCUGGUCACUCUGCUGGGCAACCUCAUGAUCAUAACCCUGGUUCUCCUGGAUUCCCGUCUUCACACCCCCAUGUACUUCUUCCUCAGCCAGCUCUCCUGCUUGGAUGUUUGCCUUUCUUCUGUGGUGGUACCAAAGAUCCUGGUGAACCUCUUACGCCAGGAAUACACCAUCUCUUACAACCAAUGCCUGGCACAAGCCUUCUUCCUGAUUGGCUUUGCAGGAUGUGAGCCAGCGCUGCUGGCCGUCAUGGCUUAUGACCGCUACGCUGCUAUCUGCCAACCUUUGCACUAUGCCCACCGGAUGAGGGGCAAGUUGUGUGUCCAGCUGUCUCUGGCCAUUUGGCUCUGGGGCUUCCUGGACUCAGCUAUUUACGCUGCCCUGGCCUCUAGGUUGGAUUUCUGUGGAAACCACCAGAUUCUUCACAUCUGGUGUGAUGUUCCUCCACUGCUGAAAAUUGCCUGCAGUGAUACCCAGGUCAACCAUCUGGCCAAUCACAUCAUCAGCACUUUGAUUGGCCUUUGUCCCUUCCUCUUCAUCAUCCUGUCUUAUUUCUGUAUUCUGGCCUCCAUUGUCCGGAUUCCCUCCAGCACCGGCAGACGCAAAGCCUUCUCCACUUGUGCAUCACACAUUGCUGUGGUAACUCUUUAUAUUGGAAAUGGGUUUCUGAAUUACAACCAUCCAAAUUCUGGCUACUCCCUAGAAAGCGACACCCUGAUUUCCAUCAUGUUUUGCAUCGUCACCCCCAUGCUGAACCCCUUAAUCUACAGCCUCCGCAACAAGGAGGUGAAGGAAGCCAAGAGGAAGGUUUUCAACCACUGGAGAGCAGCCUUGUCUUCAGGUUGAGAAACACCACCGGCAGUGGACAGACCAAUCUAGAAUGGACUACCUACCCUGAUAUGAUGGUCAGCCCGAUGGGCAUGACAAGUACAAGGACUUCUGCGUUGUGACUUUGGGGUUUACAGGUAAGCCAAGAUGGUGGUGAUCCCGUUGAGAUGCAGUUCCAGCAACGAGGACCCAUUUGAUCCUUCUUGGAACACUUGCCCCUUGGCAACUGAUGACCAUUGUUUGUUUAAAACAGCGAUGUAGCCCACCCAUCUGAUAAUCCACUCCCUAUCAAAAGUUAAGCUGCAGAAUAAUGGUAGUAAAAUUAUAUUAACAUUAAAAACAUUAAAACCAACAAA